AUGUUCGGAAAAGUCGAAGACACCUCGAAGUCAGAAAAAGCAAUUAUCCGCACCUCCUCGUCUUCGGGGUUUGUGGCGACGGAAAUCAGCUCUAGUGCCCCCGAGCAAAGUAAUGGGUAUCGCAGGAAACCAAUGAAAUGGAGGCGCAAAUUAUCACACCCGACUACCACAGAGGAUGAACGAUGGAUAAGUCGACUCCGCGGGUUUUGUGACCGCAUUUACCCUUGGACGAAGAGCGUCACCGAAGCUCCGUACACACAGUCAAGCUAUCCGCUGACAGGUUGCUGGGCCUGGAACUGGAUUCCAUCACAGCUUCAAGCAGACAAUCCUGAUGUAGUUGCCGGUACUCUAUCGCAACAGAGCUCCAACAUAUUUCAACGCAUUCCUUUCGACGAAUUUGUCUGCGAAGCUUCCGGGAGAUCCUCUGACAUGAUCGAAUCAUUUCGAUGGCAAUAUCACGCUCUCAGUUGGAGAUUGUACCGCUGGUGCGUCGGAAGGCAGGACAACAAGAAGAGACUAACUGAAGUGCGACAAAGCAUACAGAAAAUUCCGGCCGAUCCGUUCAUUCUUGAUACAAUUGAAAUCACUUCCCAUGGCGCGGAAAAGGAGCGCUACUCCAGUCCGAAGCUGGAACAGUUAUCUGGUCUUAUCAUUCAGCCACUGCAGACGGUUCUCGGCCAUUCUAAAUCGGCAAAUGGCGUACAGCUGCGAAUACUAGAGAUUCGGUUCCGAAGACAAUACCACAGCCUUGACACCAACUGGGAUCUACCAUUGGAGACCAAGGACAAUGAGUUGCUGCAAAAGGUUGCUCAAACCGAAAUACCAGCCAUGGCAGAAUCCCUAUCAAGGGAUGACCACGUAUUGUAUCGACAGCUCGAGCUCAACGCCCUCUCGCGAACGUAUCUUAAACCCAAUCAGGUCAGGCAUGAUCUAAAUUCACGAUGGAAUCGUCUUUGCCGCUUAGUUGAGGAAUGCAUUGCUGCAGGGGCAGGGAUUGAUAUGAAGAUUGGUCACCUUGCUCAGGUAGUGUGGUACCUAACUCCCCUAAACUGA